AUGGCUGUGGCACGCAAAAUCAAAACUUUGCUGACCGUCAACAUCCUGGUGUUCGUGGGGAUUAUCCUGUUCUCGGUGUACUGCAGGAUCCAGGACCGCUCCGACGAGCUCAUCCAGCUGGGGCGCAUCUCUGACCAGAGGCUGCGAGCCAGGAAUGGCAAAGUUUCCAACUUGGUGGACAGGCAGUCUAUUCUGCAGAGGCUGGAGAGGCUGGAGGAUGUGGUCUACAACCAGUUAAACGGUUUGGCAAAGCCCAUGGGGCUGGUGGAGGGGCCCGGGGGCCUCGGCCAGGGGGGGGCCGCCGCCACUCUGGGAGCGGACAGCCACGACGCGGAGGGGAAGUACGAGGAGUACGGCUACAACGCUCAGCUCAGUGACCGCAUCUCCCUGGACAGAAGCAUCCCAGACUACAGGCCCAAAAAGUGCAAGCAGCUGACAUACGCAGAGGACCUUCCUCAGAUCUCUGUGGUCUUCAUCUUCGUGAACGAGGCUCUGUCGGUGAUCCUGCGAUCUGUCCACAGCGUGGUCAACCACACACCAGCGCACAUGCUCAAGGAGAUCAUCCUGGUGGACGACAACAGCGACAGUGUGGAGCUGAAAUUCAACUUGGACCAGUAUGUGAACAAACGCUACCCGGGCCUGGUGAAGAUUGUGAGGAACAGCAAGCGGGAGGGCCUGAUCCGGGCCAGGAUACACGGCUGGAACGCUGCCACGGCUCCUGUGGUCGGCUUCUUUGAUGCCCAUGUCGAGUUCAACACAGGCUGGGCCGAACCUAUUCUGACCCGGAUGAAGGAGGAUCACACCCGCAUCAUCCUGCCCGCCAUAGACAACAUCAAGUACAACACGUUUGAGGUGCAGCAGUACGCCAACGCCGCCCACGGCUACAACUGGGGACUGUGGUGCAUGUACAUCAUCCCGCCGCAGGAGUGGCUGGACAAGGGCGAUGAGACAGCCCCUAUCAGAACUCCAGCUAUGAUUGGCUGCUCCUUCGUGGUGGAUCGGGAGUACUUCGGUGAGAUCGGUCUGCUGGAUCCGGGAAUGGAGGUCUACGGAGGAGAGAACAUCGAGCUGGGCAUGCGGGUGUGGCAGUGCGGCGGGAGCAUGGAGGUCCUGCCAUGUGCCCGAGUGGCCCACAUCGAGCGCACCAAGAAGCCCUACAACAACGACAUCGAUUACUACGCCAAGCGCAAUGCCCUGCGCGCGGCCGAGGUGUGGAUGGAUGAAUACAAAUCCCACGUCUACAUGGCCUGGAACAUUCCCAUGAAUAACCCGGGGGUGGAUUUCGGAGACGUGUCGGAGCGCUUGGCCUUGAGGAAGAAGCUGCAGUGUCGGAGUUUCCGCUGGUACCUUGAACACGUCUACCCAGAGAUGCGCAUCUAUAACAACACCAUCACAUAUGGAGAGGUGAGGAACAGCAAGGCCAGCGGAUACUGCCUGGACCAGGGCUCUGAGGACGACGACAAAGCUAUCCUCUACCCCUGCCACGGCAUGUCCUCCCAGCUGGCACGCUACUCGACUGAGGGACUUCUCCAGCUUGGACCCCUGGGGUCGACCACCUUCUUGCCUGACACGAAAUGCCUGGUUGAUGACGGCAGAGGCCGCUCUCCCAGUCUGAAAAAAUGUGAUGUGGUUUCAAGAGUUUCCCAGAGGCUGUGGGACUUCACACAGAAUGGGCCAAUCAUCAGCAGGGACACUGGUCGGUGCUUGGAGGUAGAAAUGUCCAAAGAUGCCAACUUUGGCCUCCGCCUGGUGGUCCAGAGAUGCUCUGGUCAGAAGUGGAUGAUACGAAACUGGAUUAAGCAUCCCAGGCACUGA